AAAAAAUAAAACAUCGGCCAAUGUCCAAAACUAUUUUCUUCACGUCUUAAAAACUUUAGAAAUCACUUUAAAUAUCUUGUCCGUCCUACAUCUAUAAUUAUCAUGCUACUUUCAUCCUAAAACUAUGAGAAAAAUGUUCUUAGCUGCAUAGAACGGGCAUGGGUUAACGUAAUUUGACAGACAGGACAGUUGUCACUUGUCAGUACUUGAGUGUGUUUUGGACAUCGCUGUCAUUCAAAGUUUUCUUAAUUUUCAGAACUGUGUUAUUUAAAUUAUUUUAAAUAAUGUAGCAGUCUAAACUAAUCUUUUGUGUAUAGGUCAAACAUUAGAUUAUUUUAGUUAUAUAGUAAAGAUGGAGAACGAGGAAGGUAAUGGUUUUUGUGGAACGAUUCCUUCAUGUAUGCCUGACCACCGGCUACUCGAUAACUACUGCAAAGUACGUCUGUGUGAUCUGUCCAAUGUGCAGUUCAGUAGUUAAAUCAUUCUUUGUUAAUUAUAAUGAGAAAACAGUAAUAUGUGAAAACCUUGAUUGUGCAUAUCCUUUUAUGAUGGACAUGAUAUAUGUGAAAGAGGAUAAUGAGCUAGCUACCAGUGAAGAAGUAGCAAGUUAUAGAAGCAGACCGAGUGGCUGGUCACAAGGAACUGUCUCCAUAAUGUCUGCCGCAGAAUGGUCAGACAUAGAUAAGUUGAAUCAGACAUUUGAAGCUGAUGAAAAUUUCCUUUCACAACACAAUCCUAAGAAACUGUCACAUGCAGACAAUGCUGCUCUAGAAAACAGAGUCAAAAUCAAAGAAAAUGAAGAACAAAUCAGAGAAAAUGUGGAGAAAAUUAAACAGUUGAACAAAAGACUGUUUGGGGGCAACAAUGACCAUGAUUGUAUAAGGAAUGAGAAGUGGAUAAAGAACUUCUAUAGAAUACAAGAGACAAAAGGUGUGCAGUUGUUGAAACAACAGGAGUUAGCUAAAUUGAAAUUGGAUGAGGAGGAAGCCAGUAGGGAAGUUCAAAUCCAUAUUGACCCUGGAACAUCUAUACAUAUUGAGAUAAAGGAUAAAAAUGAUAACAAUGAACCGAUGGAGGUUGAUGGGAAUAAUACUUCAGAGGUGUCAACAUGAGUAGGUGCAUUCUCUGCUUGCAAUAAUGUGUGGGGGCCUUACGUCAAACAGGGAAGUGAAACAGGGCAUUAUAUUUUGUAGUGCUCUCUCACUUCCACCCCCUACUUGCAUGAAUUAAAUAUAUUGCUAUUAACAAUCACAUAUUCAUGUCAAUCUCUAACAUAGUUAUCUAAAGCUGUUUAUUUUAAAGAUAUUAGUUAGAAAAUAGGAUUUUGAGUUUUUCUAGAUCAGGAGUUUAAGUUUCGUUUUAACAAGCUUUAUUGCUUAAUAUAAUUACAUAGUUUCAAAUAUGAAAAGCCAAUGUAAAUAUGUAUUUAGUAUAUAGGCAUGAAGUAUAUAGCAAUAAAACUUCUUUCUUGGGGUGAUAAUAAAAGUAUAGUAUUAUCAGAUGAACCUGUCCAUACCUCAAUACUUAUAUCUAUGAUUAAGACUUAAUUAUAAAAAAUAGUUUUAAGAAUGUUGACCAUAAUAUGGGUGCUUCUAGGUUACAAAUAAAGUUAAUUCUAAUGUAUCAUGUAUAAAGCAUAUUAACAUUAAUAUUUUAUGUAUUGAUACUAUGUUAUUUGGCUAAUUAAUGUUUUGUUAUUUGUAUUUUUUUAAACUCUUGUAAUAUUACUCUAAAGACAUUUGCAUAUUGGUUAAAAAAUAUAUUUUGUUUCCUUCAUUUGGCCGACGUAUAUUUCAAAGCGCCGCAGUAUAUAUUACCACAAGAUUAACAGCAUUUUAGUGUGUAAAAUUAAAAUCUCGUACAAUGGUUUUGUUAAAUACCAAUUUCACAAUUAACUGACGGCUGAUAUCGCGACAAUAAUAAUUUUAAACUUACGUUGUAUAACAAUGUUCUUAAUCUUUUGGUACUGUAUAAAAAUUAUUUCUUAUACGUUAUUUUUGCCUUAGUAUUGAUUAAGUGGUUUUAGUCUUACCAAUGUGGUACUUAGAAUCAAUUAAUUAAUUUAAUACUAAUAAACAUGAAUAUUUCACUGCUGUAUAAAGCUGUAUGAAUGUACACCUUGAGCUCUAAAAAAAUGUUGUUGUUAUGCAAUUUACACUGAUAAGUAAUGACGAGGAGCAAUUGGGAGUCUACCACCAAAA